AUGGGAGACAUGGAGUUCGCUAAAGUCCACAAUUCUGCAAUUUUUCUUGAAGACCCUCUUGCAGCCCACAAUGACUUGAAAUUCAUUGUGGAUGGUUUGAAGAAAUUCUGCUUGGUUCAUGCCCUAACUACAAAUCCUGCUAUCUACCAAGGUUUGAUUAAGGAUUUCUGGAGAAAUGCUAUUGUAAAGAAGAAUGAUCAAGGUGAAAAUUUUAUGGAAGCAGCAAUCGAAGACAAGAAAAUUCAAGUAACAGAAAGCAUCAUCAGAGAAUCUCUCCAAAUUGAGGACAUACCUAAUUAUCCCAUGGAGAUUGACGUUCAUCAAAUUGAGGAAAUCUUAGAUCAUAUGGGAUACGAAGGAACUUUUCCUCCUACAAUCAAGAAGAUGCUUCCUCCAUGCUGGAAGCUUUUGGCUCAUGUGUUCGUGAGCUGCAUUUCUGGCUGGAGAUCAGGAGCAAACGAGAUUUCUAUGGCCAACACCGGUGCCAUUGCAGCAUUGGCAGCAGGUUUUGAGUUCAAUUUCUCAAAAUUUCUAAUGAAUGAAAUGAUACUAAAUCUUGAAGGGAGCAAAAGAGACAAAUUUUGUAUGUAUACAAGAUUUUUACAAAUCAUCCUUAACGUAACUCACCCUGAGAUGCAGAUAGGAAAUGAUACUCUGGAUUUCAAAUCCGUUGGUCCAAGUGCCUUUGGAAUAAUGAAACAAAAGAGAGGCGGGAAGUUCGUAUUUGAAGGAAAAUUUCCAUUAAUAAAAUUUGGAAGUUUUAAAGAGGAUGUUAGAGAAGAAUCUGAAGAACAAUCCAUGCCGAUGGAAAAUGAAGAUAUUCCUCACUCUCCCUUCGAGCCUGAAGUGGAGGAGAUUCAUCAGUCUCCCACAGCUUAUGAAGAUGUGGAGUUUUUGAAGGAAAUCGACUUUACAGGAAUCAAUGACAACAUUCCAACAAACAUAGAGUUUGAUUUUGGUGAUGAAGAUUUUGAUCCUUUUCUUGAUAUUCCCAGCAGCCGUGUAAAUAAAGUCAAUGAAGUUGCUUCUUUAGCAACCAAGACUAGAGAUGAAGGAAAUUUUCUCAAAAUUCUACUCUCUACCUCAAAGCCCUUGGAGGUCGCAACAAGCCAAGGAGAUGUGACAUCAGAGAUUCCUCCCUCUGUGUCACUUAUCUCAACAUUUGCUCCAUUCAUUUCUGACUUAACUGAACCUCAGACUUCUCAGAAUUCCAUGAGAACAAGCCAAUCUCCUGAAACUCUGGAGGUACCCUCUAUAAGAUGUGCUCCUCAAGUUAUUUCAACAAUCACUGCUACUUCUGCUCACUCUCCUCCAAAGCAAACUGAUGAAGGUCCAAGUACCAUGUUCGAGACUGGUGGAUCCUCAUCGAUUCUAGAAUAUUCUCCAACUCGACCUUCUCUCGAUGAAGUUUCUAUUAGAUUAGUAAAGCAUCUGGCUCAAUCUAGUCCAACCUCUUCACGCGGGAAAGGAAUAUCAUUUAACGAGGGUCGGACAGAUGAUGACAAAUCCUCUUCGUCUGAUCUCCGAGAGGAAAUUGGAAUUCUCCGCUAA